UGCGAAAUGGACUGACUACAGUUCAGCAGGAUUGUCAUCCAGAAGGAAUUGGGAUUUUCUCCAACGCAGAUCGACUACAUUUUCGGCUUGCCUGGAAAGAAAAGUUAUGAGGUGAUUUUUGCCACCAAUUCGUUCUUUGAAUCAUGUAUUGACAAGUUUAAUAGACUUAAACAAUCAAGACCUCAGCUGGAGAAUAUUAAGAUGACACCGUUAUCAGGCAGAGAACCCAAAGCUGUGACAGUGAUCAUGCAUUCGGAAUAUGUGAGAGUGGAAGAUAUUAAGACCUGGUUGUCCUUUAAAUGUGCGGUGACGAGAGGUUUGGACUUAAAAGACGAAGAUGGUAUCCGAACCGGAGCAUAUCGUUUCUAUGUUCACCUGCAUAGAGAUGAGAACUCACCUCACCACUUCCAAUUAGGGGCAAUCAGAGGAUAUGUUUUCUACCCCGGGCAACCCAAAACAUGUCGUAAAUGUGGCAGCAACAACCAUCUAGCCGCAGAGUGCGACAAUGUGGUUUGUAAAAACUGUAACAGUGACGAGCACAUUGAAAGGGAAUGCCCCUUCCCAAGGAAAUGUAACCUUUGCAGGGGAGAAGGACAUACCUUUAGGGCGUGUCCCCAAUCCUAUGCAAACAGGGUGAAAAGACCACAGCUGCAGCACUUAGAGGAGAUACCAAUGCUAACUGGAGGAGGUCCGCAAGCUGAUGAAGAUGUAAGUAACGACCAAGCCAACGAGCUCCAGCAGGAAGUGGUUGAGGGCCAAACGACCUACAGCUGGGGUGGGGAACGAGUAGAUGACCAGCCCUCUCAAGUAACUACACACAAGGAUUCAACGACAGUGGUGACAGGGGACACCACAGGGUUAACGGACGGGAGUGAACAACUAUUAGAGACGCAAAGAGUGUCUACGACUAAUCCUGACGUGCAUGUAUCUCAAUUAGAAAUGGAAACCAAGAUACAGUAGGCGAAUCAGGAGGAGAUGGUAUCUCUCUCAGGCACCCAAAUCCUUACGCGGCCGUCAACAUCCAAAGAGUUUAGAGACCUGCUUGAUCUCAUGUUCCCUGAUCUUUCAACGGUUCAGUCCAAACACAUUAUCACCCUAGAAGAGGGAGGUUUUUCGUUACCUCCUUGUGACAUCGAAGAUAACACAACUACCCCCUCUGAAUUGUCGCUACAAGUAGGCCUUUAUGCAGCGCCGAACUCACAUAAACGACAGAGAAAUACCUCAACAGAGUCUUCUACUGGGAACCUUGAUUUGGAAAUUCAGGGCCAUACAGACCCCUCGCCAAUACCCCCACUUGAAGAACAAGUCCCGACACCUACCCAGGGAGCUGCUCAGGAAAACAGGAGGAAAGCAACGACGAGAGAGCACCGACAUCGAUGUGGCUUCCAC